CUCUCUCUCUCUAUACAUCUCUCUCUCUCUCUUGUUGCUGACCAGAGUUGGUGACCAGAGAUUCCGUUAACAUUGUUCAAGUGGACACCUCGGCUACAUUGAUCUACAUCGUCCACCUGUUGACUCAUGUGGGAAACACAUUCUCCACCAGGCUCUCCCUCUCUCUGUCUUACACACACACACACACACACACAAACACACCCUUUCCUAUAGAUAGAGAGGGUGGUGCAGAACAACCAACAUCUGGUGCAUUAUAUCAGAGUUGCUGUGUGUGUGUGUGUGUGUGUCUGAGGGAGGGGGGAUCUGUCAAGAGUGCUGACAAAGGGCUAAGAUAUGGCAGCUUGUGGAGAUCUGUUACUGCCUAGACUGUUGAUGUGGCGAGGAGGACGCCAGGUGGGAGAGGAGGGAGACGCUUACCUUUGAAGCGCACCUUUUCUACGCUCACAAUGAUGAAAUAUCCAAUUCAUAUGGUGAUCUACUAUCUGUCAGCUAAAGGGGACUAGGGAACUCUAGACAGCUCCAUUCAGCAAUGACAAAAAGACUGAUACUGGCCCUACUCAUAGCCACAAGAAAACGCUCAUAUGCCUUGAUCCAUACAUACAGGUGAGAAUAUGUUUACUUAACACCACUGUCAGGUAUAUGUUAUUUUCCUUUUAUGUAUUUGUAACCAAUAGUCUGUCACAGAUGGAUUUAGAAUAACCUGCUUGAAACGAGUAUUAUCUAUCAUAAGCAUACACGAUUGUUGCUUUUGACAGGUACAUUCCAAUGGUUCAAAAAGCAGCUGUGUAGAUUACAGAAUUGGACAAAAGCUGCCCUACGUUAAAACAAAGUGUAAAAACUACACGUCGAAAGGAAUGUAAAUGUAUGGCUCCGAUUCGAUGAAAAUGAUAACUGACUUAAGAAUUGAGUUCAGUUUGUUUAUGGAACCUUAUUGUCCGUCCUGUGGCCAACCGACUCAACUGUCCAAAGUAAUACUCGAACAAAGAUUUCUAUAAAGCCUCUAUACUGAAUGCGCAGUAGCCUACAACCGCAAAUGGGAUGAGUGUGUUGUUGUUUGUAGUUUCUGUGUCUUUAUAGUAUUUGCUACCAUGAAGAAUUCACCAGACAUGCAGUUGAGAACAUAGGUGACCAAAGCUGCAAAGUGAUACGGUACUGGUAAACUUGAUAGCAUGGAUUAUUCUGCACCGACAGAUCUUUCAAGCCCGGUCCGCCAAACCGGAAUACCCAAGAAGAGAAUUUUUGCAGCAAAUGCAAAAAUAGCCUUCAGUUUGGACAUCAUCACCUGGUACGACUGCAUCCAGGAUGAGUAAAACGCUGUAUUUCUUUAGCAUUCUAUAAGCAUUACGCGCGGUGAUGUUGAAUGGUUGACGAAGGGAGGGGGUGGGUACGCGGAGACUUUCCGAUGUUACUUCAGACUCAUGCACUCGGUUGGUGAGCAUCAGCCGGUAGUGGAGUCACAUGUUGCAACGUCACGCCGGAGUUAGUUAGCCUACUGUAGUUGCGCGCUAUGAAGUCGUCAUUUCAAGCUCAAGAGGUCUCCGGUCGCGCAACGUCUUGUGUGCUAGCAUGCACCCCUUCCGCCUAAACCCAUCUGCAAAGGAUACGCUCAGUCAUGGGAGUCCGUUACCUCAACCAUGCAAUUUCCACCAUCAAUAAUUUAAUCUAUUUGCUCCAAAGCUGAAGACAACGUGAAGCAGCCGGAGAAAACGGAAGGGAAAUACAACGAAAUAACCAUAACAAUUACGCAGCGCGUUCUCCAAAACAUCCCAGAUGACUCGAUCCUGUUGAUUGGUCUCUUUUACGACUGGACAGUAAGAGUUCCAACAGGUUAGAAGAGUGAUGACCAUCCUGUUCCUUACUAUGGUUAUUUCAUACUUCAGUUGCUUAAGAGCCGCGCCCCUGAGAGAAGGCCCAGGUGUGCGGGGGCACCGAGUGGAGGGCUACCUGGGCGUCGCGGCGACCGCCGGCCGAGGAGGCCACGGGACUCCACAGAGUGGGGGCGGACUGCCCUCACUCUCAGACACUUUCGAGCAGGUGAUCGAGGAGCUGCUGGAGGGGGGGGAAGGCGGCAGCGACCCGCAGGGGGGCAGCGAGGGGUCCCAGGGAGGGGGGGGUCCCGGCUCCGCGGGCUCGGCGGCGGCGGCAGUGGCAGCAGCAGCGGUGGCGGCGGAGGCCAAAGACGUCGACCUGUACGCCUCGCGCGUCAUGCUAAGCAACCAAGUGCCUUUGGAGCCGCCGCUGCUCUUCCUGCUGGAGGAAUACAAAAACUACCUGGACGCCGCGAACAUGUCUAUGCGCGUCCGGAGGCACUCGGACCCCGCCCGGCGCGGAGAGCUGAGCGUCUGUGACAGUAUUAGCCAGUGGGUGACCGCCGUGGACAAAAAGACGGCCAUAGACAUGUCUGGACAGACCGUCACCGUCAUGGAGAAGGUCCCCGUGCCCAAUGGUCAACUGAAGCAAUAUUUUUACGAGACCAAAUGCAAUCCGCAAGGAUACACAAAGGACGGCUGUCGGGGAAUAGACAAGCGGCACUAUAACUCACAAUGCCGGACAACCCAGUCAUACGUGCGUGCACUCACCAUGGAUAGCAAAAGGAAGAUCGGUUGGCGGUUUAUACGGAUAGACACGUCCUGUGUUUGCACACUGACCAUUAAGAGAGGAAGAUAGUGUAUACAAUGUAUAGAUUUUAUUGAGAGUUCUAAAAAAGAGAGAAAAAUAUCUAUUUGUAUAUAUACAUAACAGGGUAAAUUAUUCCGUCAGAUGAAAAUUUUAUGGACUGCAUGUAAAAAAGAUGAAGUUUAUACAGUAAAGUGAUACUACAGUCUAUUUAUUGAACAUAUUCAUGACCUUGUAAACAAUUAAAAAAAGAUCUGAUCAGUCAUUCGCGCCCAGUUUAAAUUACUAUAUCACAUUCCUCGAGACAUUGUGUUCUUUUUUAUGUUGCCAAGAAUUCGGUCCAGUCAGAAGAUACAGGAGGGGGAAGACUCCCAUAUUUAAAAAAAAAAAAACGAGAAAAAACUUGCAUGCUGCUUCUAUUGUGAAUUGAGAAACUGUCCACUUUGGGAAACAAGGAAAUGAUUACUGACCAAAACAUUCCGUUUACAUUUUCAGCAGUUCAAGGGUUGUCCUCCUCUAAGUACACUACUUUAUCUGUUUACUAUUCAAAUCUUCUCAAGGUAAUGUUGAAAUUACAUACUAUGUCAAGGUGCUGUUGUCAAAGCUUUGCUGUUUUAUUUUUUUAUCCCCACAAGAUGAAAGGAAAAAAAAGAUAUAAAAAAAGAUAUAAAAUUUAUUCAUUGACAU